GUUUUUCAUUUUUUCAUUAUUUUUGAAUCAAUUAAGAUUAAUGAGCAAUCAACCAUCAUACACACAAUGGCUAGUGCUCUCAAUCAUCGCCUGAUUGCCAAUACUGUGACGGUUCUUGCUGUCGGUGGUCUUAGCACAUACGCAGCAUCCAGAUACCUGACUCCAACCGCAUUCGCUGAUUCCCCAGAGCCAAAAAAGAUCUUUGGAAUGGGCCCAGCUUUCAAAUAUGUGAGACUUCAGAGCUCAGAAACCAUCAAUCACAAUACCAAGCGCCUUCGAUUUGAAUUACCUGGGGGGGAGAGUUCGCAAAGCGGUCUAAGGCUUACUUCUGCGCUUCUCACACUCUCGUGGCCCAAAGGGAACUGGGUUCCUGUCAUUCGACCAUAUACGCCUGUUAGUAAACUUGACGAGCCUGGAUACAUCGACUUCUUCAUCAAAAAAUAUCCCAAUGGCAGAUCCAGCACACAUUUGCACAGUCUGAAUCCAGGAGAUAGCCUGUUUAUUUUGGCUACGCUUCCAGGAUUUUCAUGGACAGCCAACCGGUUUUCCCACAUUUAUCUCAUUGCAGGAGGUGCGGGCGUUACACCUAUUUACCAGCUCACGCAAGGCAUCCUCGACAAUCCGGCAGACAAAACAAAAAUCACCGUGGUCUUUGGGGUGAAUACCGAAGCAGAUCUGCUACUACGGUCCGAAUUCAACGAGUAUAAGAAGCGCUUCCCCGAUCGAUUUGAUAUCCACUAUACAGUUAGUCGACCGGGCAAGGAUUUCUCAUCUAACGAGGGCGUGCGCUCGGGAUACGUGACAAAGGAACUACUUGAUGAGGUCAUGCAGGGACCCGGUGAAAAAGACACAAAGAUCUUUGUCUGUGGACCCCCCGCUAUGGAGACAGCAUUGGUAGGACCUGGCGGAAAGGGGGAGAAGGGAAUCCUGGCACAACUUGGAUACUCAAAGGACAGCAUCCAUCGUUUCUAGGGGGAUCGUUUUCCUAUCAUUCUCUACGAGGGUGGCGCCGAUGAUCUAAUUUGUACCAUAGGGGUUGAUAUAUGCUGUGCGCGGGAUAGACGGAUUCCUUUUCCACUGCUGUCAAGAAUGGCGUUUUCUAUACCAGACUCCUUACCUGUCCGGUGCUCUACCAAGUCAGUUUGUUAUUGCUGGUGAUGCAGACACCAGGGCAAAUCCAUACAACUGGAUAUCUUUUCUUUGUCAACAAAUACUAAUAAUCCUAUUUGAUUGUAUCAUGUU